AUGUCACGAUUAUGCCCAAUCACCAAAUGGGCAAUCCCGGGAAACAAAAUGCGGAGAAGUGUAUUCAUUCUUCGUAAGUUUGGAAGUAUACGUAUAAGUGAGUGUAAGAAGUAUUACCUCUUAAAAGAAGCUAUGGUAGAAAGAAAGAAGGACUUAGAAGUCGAUGUUUUGAUAGCCAGUGUCCCUUCUCCUUCGCCUCGCUGGGGACGAGCAGGAGAAUGGAGACCAGCUAUGAAACCAAGGAAAGAAUAUGAAUCAACGAAAUGGCGAGGCAUGUAA